AUGAGCUUGUUUAGAUCAGAGUAGAUGGAAUUCUAUAAUCUGGUUAUUCCAAGAGAGUCAGCAUGGGAUGUAAUGAACACAUUAGGAUAUUUUGAUAGCGUUCACAUUAUAGAUUAUGAUCCGAAUUUACCCUAAAUAAAUAGGCCAUUUUCAAAUUAUGUGAAGAGAUGUGAUGAUGUGAUGCAGAAGAUUGAGUAGAUAGAUAGUGAGAUGAGAAAUUUCAAGAUUGAAAAGAGAUAUUGUCCAGAUGUUAUAGAUUUAUUGAAGAAGAGAAAUGGGACUCAUAAACAAUUUGAAGAAUUGGAAUAGGAUAUAUGUAAAGUGGCAGAUGAUUUGGAACAUCAAUAACAAACAAUGAAUAGUUUAUAAGAGAAGAAAAACACAAUAAGGGAGAAUUUGGAAGUGUUAAGAAAUGCAGUGGCAUUUUAGAAUGAGGAUUCGGAAGAGGCUAGUUUGUUGGGAUUUCAGAAGAUGGUUGGAGUUAUAUUGAAAGAAGAUGAAAUGAGAUUCAAAAGGAUAAUCUUUAGAAUAACAAAGGGCAACAUUCACGUUGAUAUUAUGGACAUCCAAGAACAUUUCAUAUAAUAGGAUAGAAGGAUAGUAUAGAAGUGUGUGUUUAUGCUCAUUUAUCCAAAUGGAGACUUGACUCAAAAGAAAAUCCAGAGAGUAAUUGAGUCUUUUUCAUGCAAUAAAUUUGAUAUCCCAACAUCAAGUGACUAACAUGCUUAGAGAAUUACAAUGUUGGAGAAUCAAUUGAGUGAGGCAGAUUAAUUGUUGCAUUUGACUAUUACUCAAAUUAACAAAAGGUUGCAGGAUUUGGCAGAGGUUAAACACAACUGUUCUUGGAUUGAAGAGAUGAGAAUCUUGGUAACAAAAGAGAGGUAUUUGUACAUGAAUUUGAAUAUGUUGAAUAUGACAAACUCCGUAUUUCAUGGUCAGAUAUGGUUACCAUAAGGUUAGGAUUAAAAAAUUUAAUAGGCUCUACGAAACUUACAUGGUAAUGAUAAAUAAAUACCUAGUGGUUAAAUCUAGGAAUGUUAAACUCAAUUAACUCCUCCUACAUAUUAUAAAUUAAAUUAAUUUACAUAUCCCUUUUAGGAAAUUGUCAAUACUUAUGGCAUACCCAGAUACAAGGAAAUCAAUCCAGGCUUGUCUACUAUCAUAACAUUCCCAUUUCUAGUUGGUGUGAUGUUUGGUGAUAUUGGUCAUGGUUUGUUAUUGUUUGUUUGUGGAUUGUAUCUCACAACUGAAGAUGCAAGGAAAUCAAUCUUCUCUGGAAUAGUCCCCAUGAGAUAUAUGAUACUCCUCAUUGGAUUCUUUGCUUGUUACAAUGGACUCAUUUACAACGAUUUUCUAUCCAUAGGCUUAAACUUAUUUGGAAGUUGUUACAAUUUGGUAGAUGGUGAAUAUGAACUUCAAGAAGAUUGUGUCUAUAAAUUUGGAAUAGAUCCAGCAUGGGGAUCUUCAGCCAAUCAAUUGACUUUCAUGAAUUCAUUCAAAAUGAAAUUGGCAGUCAUCAUCGGAGUCACUCACAUGACUUUCGGUAUCAUUUUGAAAGGAUUCAACACUCUACACUUUAACAACUAUUUGGAUUUCUUUUGUGAAUUCAUUCCAUAAUUCCUUUUAUUACUCUGUAGUUUUGGUUACAUGGAUUUCUUAUUGUUUUUGAAAUGGUCUACCAAAUUUGAAGAUACUAAAGAUGCUCCUAGUGUAAUCACAACUAUGAUUGACAUGGUGUUAAGACCUUUUGAUGUCCCUGAGAAACCAUUGUUCGAAUCUGGGGAGUAAUAGAGAUUUAUCCAACUUCUGUUAUUAACCAUAAUAACCUUCUGCAUUCCAAUUAUGUUAAUUACAAAACCACUUAUUUUCAGUUUACGUAAGAAGAAUCAUCAUCAAUAUUAAUAAAUACCCUCUUAAGUACCUGAGGAAGAUCCCAAUCCAGAAUAAUUACAACAUGAUAUGUAAAAAGAGUAAUCACAACCACAUAGUAAAUUGUCUAUUUAAUAACAUAAUGAACAUGAUGAUAUUGGUGAAUUAAUUGUCCAUCAAUCCAUUGAAACUAUCGAAUUUGUUCUAGGAAGUGUUAGCAAUACAGCAUCUUAUUUAAGAUUGUGGGCAUUAUCCUUAGCUCAUUCACAAUUAGCUGAAGUCUUCUUCUCCAUGACUAUAGCCAGUCACAUUGGCGAAGGAGGAUUCUUUGGAACCAUAGGAUCUGUCGUACAAUUCCCAGGAUUUGCUUUGGCCACUUUUGGAGUCUUGAUGUGUAUGGAUCUUAUGGAGUGUUUCUUGCAUGCCCUUCGAUUACAAUGGGUUGAAUUCUAAAGCAAAUUCUACAAAGCUGAUGGGUACCUGUUUAAAGCAUACUCAUUCACAAAUAUCAAAACCAAUAAAGAAGAUGAUUGA